GCCACUGAGAGGACAGCAUCGUACCGACACACCUCGCUCCGCGCGUCCAUGUGCGCAGUCAGUCCGUGGCACAGAGGCCGUCGUGACGCACCAGGCGGCGCGCUUCCAGCGGCAUCAGGCUUCGCGCCCCUCGGCGGGGACAAUGGCGCAGGGGAUCCCGGUCCGAUCAGUGCAGAGUUGGGCUGAAGUCGGCCGGAGAUGAACUCCGCAGGGACGGGUCGAGACGGGUCCUCCUCCAUCCGAGUUUCCGGUUGGCUGUGUCAUCGUCGGACCCCAAGCGAUCGAUCGGAUGUGUGAAAGGGCAGCGAGGUGAGGCGGGUUGCAUGCAUCAGUGCCAAGAAAUUGCAUUACGUGGGAGACUUCUGUUAAGGAGAUACAGCAACAUUUCUGGAGGAUGGAGGACAGAACGGAGAGAGGGCGCACGCAGGAGAACGGACGCAGUGACGGCGCCGCCGGAAAACAACGCUCCUCUCCCUGCGCCAGCCUGAAGAUGUUUCUGGUGGCUCUCUCCUUUGCCUAUUUUGCAAAGGCUCUGUCGGGGAGCUACAUGAAGAGCACAAUAACUCAGCUGGAGAGGCGCUUUGACAUCCCCAGUUACCUAAUAGGUGUCAUUGAUGGGAGCUUCGAGAUAGGUAACCUGUUGGUGAUAGCUUUCGUCAGUUACUUUGGGGCCAAGCUCCAUCGGCCAAAGAUCAUUGCAGUAGGUUGUGUCCUGAUGUCCAUUGGCACCUUCAUCAUUGCUCUGCCUCACUUCAUCAUUGGACGCUACGAAUUUGAAACGUCAGCGAGGAGGAUAGUGAACUCAACACUUAAUGUCUCUCCGUGUGCGGUGGGUUCAUCAGCUGACCUGACCCAAGGUGGUAAACUGCCUGAAGUGCCAGCCACAGGUUGUGAAGGUGAGUCCAACCUUUCCAUGUGGAUCUAUGUGCUCCUGGGAAAUGUCCUGCGAGGGAUCGGAGAGACGCCGGUUCAGCCUCUUGGGAUCUCUUAUAUAGAUGAUUUUACCACCGAGGAGAAUGCUGCUCUAUAUGUGGGCUGUGUGCAGACCAUCUCGGUGGUUGGCCCUGUGUUUGGAUACCUGUUAGGCUCCCUUUGUGCCAAAAUCUAUGUGGACAUUGGAUUUGUAAAAAUGGAAACUAUCACCAUCACCCCAGCAGAUGCCCGCUGGGUGGGGGCUUGGUGGCUGGGCUAUCUCAUAGCCGGGGUCAUAACCCUGCUUUCUGCCAUUCCAUUCUGGUUUCUGCCCCGCUCUCUGCCCAUGUCCGGGCCCCGGGGACCAGAGAAAUGCACACCAGAGCAGAAGAGUUUCAUGAAGCACAAGUAUCCGGCAGAUGAACAUGCUAGUUUUACAGAGAUGGCCAAAGACUUUUUUCCGACCCUGCGAACUCUGCUGGGACACCCCGUGUACCUGACCUACCUGUGUGUGACAAUCAUCCAGCUGAACUCGCUCAUCGGCAUGGUCACCUACAAGCCCAAGUACAUCGAGCAGCACUUCAGGCAGUCGGCCUCAAAGGCCAACUUCCUCAUGGGCGUGAUCAAUAUCCCCGCUGUGGCACUGGGGAUGUUUUCUGGAGGUCUGCUGAUGAAGAGGCUGAAGCUGAACAUCAUGGGAGCAGCCAGGUUCGCCUUUGGCACGUCUCUGAUUGGCUACGUCCUCUCGUUGUUCUUCUUCGCGAUGAGCUGCGAGAAUGCCAAGGUAGCCGGGGUGACACUUUCGUACAACAGCGUGGACAGGAUAUCUUAUGACAAACAUCCAGUGUUCACGGCCUGCAACUCCGACUGCUUCUGUUCAGCGAGUGACUGGGACCCAGUCUGUGGAGAGAACGGCAUCACGUACGUUUCUCCCUGUCUCGCCGGCUGCACCGACUCUGCUGGCUCAGGGAAAAACACUGUCUUCUCUAACUGUAGCUGUGUCGGUGUGGCCGGUAACUUUACGGCCAGUACAGGUCAGUGCCCUCACAAGGACGACUGUGACAGGAUGUUCCCGUACUUCCUGGCUCUCUCUGUCAUCACUUCCUUUAUCAUCUCCCUCGGUGGGACACCAGGCUACAUGCUUCUCAUCAGGUGCAUAAAACCACAGCUGAAAUCGCUGGCCUUGGGUUUCCACACUCUGGCAACACGAACCCUUGCUGGGAUCCCAGCGCCCAUCUACUUUGGAGCAAUCAUUGACUCCACGUGUCUAAAAUGGGGUCAGAAGAGGUGCGGAGGCAUCGGAGCCUGUAGAAUCUACAACACCACUUCAUACAGGAUUGCAUACCUGGGCCUGACGCUGAGCCUGCGAACUAUCUCGUUCAUCAUUUGCAUCCCGGGCUUCAUUCUGCUCAGUCGACAGCUGAAGAAGGAGGAAGAAAAUGCCAUUAACAAAGCUCUGGCCAAUGGCGGCACAGAGCUGGAGGCACUCAGGAAGGAAGAGUUUAUUAUUUCUAAUUCUGACCAAAUGUCAGACAACAGCACAGACAGGGAGACACGGCUGUGACAGAUCCAGCCGAACUGACUCCCUUUGUCCCCUCCGCACACACACACACCACGGAUGAACAAAUACACCCAUAAACACUCACAACACGCACACACACACACACACACACACACACACACACACACACACACACACACACACACACACACACACACAUAUAUAUAUACCCACCCACAUACCCACCCACAGUAUGUACAGUACAGUGAUACUGUACAACACGCACACACUUGCACACAAAUUAUAUUUGCAGGGAAUCGCAUGUUGAUGAUCUCAUAUCAAACAAAAUUCUAUAUUUGUACUACUGGACCUUUGAAGGCUUUGUGAAUUUGACAGAAAUUUGAUAUAAAUGAAAUAUUUCUUGAAUGUACAUGCUGUUAUUUUUUUUCCUUAUAAAUACAAUGUUUUUUUUUCCUGUUUUAAUGGUGGCAAAAGAGAUUAGAUUGGAACUGUGACUUGUCCACACUAUUGCAAAAAACAACAACAACAACAACAACCCAACAGUAUAAUUCUGAACACCAGCAUUUAUUAAACAGCCUCCCUCUUCCUGACACCAGUGUGGCCAGAAAUGACAGAAGUGGCCUUAAAAAAAAAGAGGCGUGGCACACACACGUGAACAAAUGAAUAGAUAAACAUGAAGAAAAUUGGUCCUUCAAAGAGUCAGGAAGGGAUGCUUUUUUUUCUCCAGAUCUUUUGAUAGAAAAGAUAAGCAGGUUGUUGUAGAAACACGUGUUUGAACAUGUGUUUGAGUGACUUUCAGAGGGCUCGGCUGUGUGUGACGUCUGUGGCUCAUUCACUCAACAGUUACCUCUAAAUUGUGUAUGUGUCGUCUGUCUCGCUGAUCGUAGAGAGCGAUUUUCAGUCACGUUCUCAGCGGACUGAAAACCAUUUCAUUUUACUUUUGCAUUUCAUAUUGAAUGCCUUUUGAUUCUAAAACUUUUGUCUUUCACUUUGAAGACCAGAGUUAGGGCUUAUCAGUUUGUGUUGUGCACUUUCUCGAUGUGAAUUUGUUGCUUUGGUAUUUCAUACUCACUGAAAAUGGAAAUUGUAUUUCAGUGAGAUCUGCUUAUCCGUCUAAUACAGUGGUUCUCAGCCUUUUGGAGUCCCGACCCACCGCAUUAAUCAGGAUGGUUUCCUCAGCACGUUUCUAGGUCAACUGUGAAGCCAAUUUCACAAAAUAAAAGUUAAAAGUUUUGUUGUGUUGUUGAAGCACUCACUCGUGCACACAGACUCGACAAUUCCCUGUCUAAAAUAUGUCAUUUUGUUUUGAAUGUAUUAAAAUAUUUUUUUAAUACAACCAUGACCCAGAAAUAACCAUGCGGCCCCCGUGGGCUUCAUGACCCCCAGGUUGAGAAUCACUGGUCCAAUGGAAGGUGCUCUGAUUUCAAUAUCAAUGGCUGCCAUAAGGGGGCAGUGCCAUAUUUUAUAUGGUGUUAAUGAAGAUGUAUGUUUUAUUAAGAAUAUACUGUCAGCUAAACUUGUUAACACAGAUCAUUGGGAUUUGACUGAAUUGGCUCCGAUUGAUUUUUGGUAUUAAAUAACCAUUGUUGAUUGAAA